AUGACCGGGGCCCCGCGGUGGGCCUCUUUGCUCCUGUGCCUGCUGCAGUCCGCUUCAGGGAGGCCCCUUCUGGCCCCUCCCCAGAACGUGACGCUGCUCUCCUGGGACUUCAGUGUGUACCUGACGUGGCUCCCAGGACCUGGCAACCCCCAGAACAUGACCUAUUUUGUGGCCUAUCAAAGCUCUGCAAGCCCCAAACAUUGGCGGAGAGUAAAAAAGUGUGCAGGAACCAAAGAGCUGCAGUGUUCUCUGAUGUGCCUGGAGAAACAAGACCUGUGCAAUAAGUUCAAGGGGCGUGUGCGAGCGGCCUCUCCCAGAGCCAGGUCGCCCUGGGUGGAGUCCAAGUCCAUGGAUUACUUUUUUGAAGUGGAGCCAGCCCCACCUGUCCUGGCAUUCACCCGGACAGACGAGAUCCUGAGUGUCAAUGCCACGUACCAGCUGCCCCACUGCAUGCCCCAGCCAGAUCUGAGCUAUGAGGUGCGUUUCUGGAAAGAAGGGACCAGGAAUAAGGCCAGAUUUCCACCAACUCCCCAUGGCCAGCCAGUCCAGAUUUCUCUCCAACCAGACACCAGCGGACACCACUGCCUCAGCGCCAGAACUAUAUACACCUUUGGCUACCCUAAAUACAGCGAGUUCUCUGAGCCCACCUGCUUCUUCCUGGAGGCCCCAGGAUCCAACUGGGCACUCCUGGUACUGCUACCCCUUCUGCUGCCACUGCUGUUGGUCGCUGCCACAGGGCCUGUGAUCUGGAAGAGCUUCCGGGGGAACCCCUGGUCUCAUCAGGCAAAGAUGCCACAGGCCCUGGACCUCUCUGGACACAGACACCCCGGGGCAACCUUUCAACCCAGUGGCCCAGAGUGCCUGCAUGUCUUGAUCCUCUGUCCCCAAAAGGAAUGGACCAGAAGGGUCAGGCUGACCCCUAGAGUCAGGGCCCCAGCCACCGUCCAGGCAGAAUCAGAGGACAGUGCUGAGGAAGAGAAGGCCGACGAGGAGAGCACGGACGAUGGUGUCAGCUUCCAGCCCUACACGGAACCACCCCCCUUCCUGGGGCAGGAACACCAGAGCCCGGGGCAUGCUGAGGCAGGAGGGCCUUGGACUCCUCUGGUCCAGGUCGAAGGCUCCUCUGCUUGCUAUUCUUCAGACAGAAGCUGGGCCAGCACUGCGGGCUCCUCCCCCUGGGACGAGGCUGGAUCAUCUGGCUAUUUGGCCAAGAGGCCAGGCCAAGGACCGGGUGGGAAGGAGCUCCAGAAGCCUGUCCCACCACCCGAAUUCUCCGAGGACUCGAGUUCCCUGGAAGAGCCCCCAGAAGACAACCCGUCCUCCUGGGCCAGCUGGGGCUUACCGUCACCAGGGCUGAUUCUGGUUCCCAGGGAGCCCCCAGUUUCUCUUCAGACACUGACCUUCUGCUGGGACAGCAGCCCUGAGGAAGAGGAAGAGGGUCGGGGGGAAUCAGAAAGUGAGGACAGCAGUGGCGGCAGCUGUGGGGCUAAAAGCCUCCAGAGGAUUGAGGUCAGAGGUAGGACACUGGGGCACUACUUGGCCAGGUGA